GUGACUUCUCCAAUUGAACUGGCAGUCUCUCUCUUCUCAAGAUUAUAGUUUGAGAGAGGGGGAAAGAGAGAGAAAGAAAGAGAGAGUCCUCCCAGUUUUUGAAGAAUUUAUUGAAGUAUUCCCAUAUCAAACAACUUUCUCCAUAUUUAACACAACCAAGGAUAAAACAUACACAUAGGUAAAGAAGAGACAGUUUGAUCGAGAUGGAUGGGAUAGAGAGGGCGCAGUCCGGGAGGCGGGCUGGCAGGAACAUGAGCCGCCGGAGCAUGAGCAGGUCGAGCUGGAGCAUGGAAGACGUCUUCACAGGCUCGCGGAAUAGUCGGGUCAACGAGGAUGAGGAGGCCCUGAAGUGGGCCGCCAUAGAGAAAUUGCCAACCUACGACCGGCUCAGAACGAGUAUAAUGCAGUCCUUCAUGGAGAAUGAGCAUCGCCAGAACAAGGACAACAAGGUUGUUGACGUGACGAAGAUGGACUUCGCCGAGAGGCAGAAGUUUAUCGAUAAGAUCUUCAAGGUCGCCGAAGAAGACAACCAAAAGUUCCUCGAGAAGUUCAGGAACCGCAUUGAUAAAGUGGGGAUAAGGCUUCCUACGGUGGAAGUGAGGUUAAAAAAUCUGACAGUCCAAGCCGAUUGCUACAUCGGGAGCAGGGCACUCCCAACUCUCCUGAACGUAGCCCAAAACAUUGCAGAAUCAGCUCUAGGAUUGCUUGGGAUCAGGUGGGCCAAAAGAGCAAAGCUCACCAUCCUCAAAGAUGUCUCCGGAAUCGUAAAGCCAGCAAGAAUGGCUCUCCUAUUAGGUCCGCCUUCCUCGGGGAAGACGACUCUCUUGUUAGCUCUAGCUGGAAAGUUGGACCCAAGUCUAGAGACACAAGGAGAAAUAACUUACAACGGGUACAAGCUCAAUGAGUUUGUGCCGCAGAAAACUUCCGCGUACAUCAGCCAGAACGACGUGCAUAUUGGGGAAAUGACCGUGAAGGAAACCCUAGAUUUCUCUGCCCGGUGCCAAGGAGUCGGCACUCGUUAUGAACUCCUCGGCGAACUUGCAAGAAGGGAAAAGCAAGCCGGGAUUUUCCCAGAACCAGAAGUUGAUCUUUUUAUGAAGGCAACUGCAAUUAAAGGAGCUGAGAGCAGCCUUAUUACCGACUACACGUUGAAAAUCUUAGGGCUCGAUAUAUGCCGAGACACGAUCGUGGGAGAUCAAAUGCAGAGAGGGAUAUCCGGUGGCCAGAAAAAAAGAGUGACCACAGGAGAGAUGAUCGUGGGGCCCACCAAGACAUUGUUCAUGGACGAGAUAUCGACCGGGUUGGACAGUUCCACCACUUUCCAAAUAGUGAAGUGCCUGCAACAGAUCGCUCACCUCACGGAUGCCACGAUACUGAUGUCGCUCCUUCAGCCGGCUCCGGAGACAUUCGACCUCUUCGACGAUAUCUUUCUCUUGGCGGAAGGGCGGAUUGUUUAUCAGGGCCCGAGGGAGCACAUCCUGGAGUUCUUUGAGAGCUGCGGAUUCAGGUGCCCAGAGAGGAAAGGGGCUGCUGACUUCUUACAAGAGGUGACGUCGAGGAAGGACCAGGAGCAGUAUUGGUCGGACCGGAGCAGGCCCUACCGCUACGUCUCCGUCGAGGAGUUCGCCGCCCGCUUCAAGCGGUUCCACGUCGGGAUGCAGCUCGACAACGAGCUUUCCCUACCCUUCGACAAGUCCCACGGCCACCGCGCCGCCCUCGUCUUCUCCAGGUACUCCGUCCCGAAGCUCGAGGUCCUCCGCGCCUGCUUUGACAGGGAGUGGCUCCUCAUCAAGAAGAACUCCUUUGUCUACAUCUUCAAGACCGUCCAGAUCAUCCUCAUCGCCUUCAUCGCCUCCACCGUCUUCAUACGCACCAGAAUGCACACCAGGAAUGAGGCAGAUGGUGCAGUGUACGUUGGGGCCCUGCUGUUCUCUAUGAUCAUCAACUUGUUCAACGGGUUCGCGGAGCUCUCCAUGACGAUCAUGAGGCUCCCUGUCUUUUACAAGCACAGGGACCUCCUUUUCCACCCGGCUUGGACCUUCACGCUCCCGAACAUGAUCCUCAAUAUCCCGAUGUCGAUCUUGGAGUCGAUUGCCUGGAUUGGCAUGACAUAUUACUCCAUCGGCUUUGCCCCCGAAGCCAGCAGGUUCUUCAAGCACCUGCUGUUGGUGUUUCUGAUCCAACAGAUGGCUUCUGGGAUCUUUAGGCUCACUGCCGGACUUUGCCGGUCCAUGAUCAUUGCAAACACCGGUGGGGCUCUCACGCUUUUAGUGCUGUUCAUGCUCGGAGGCUUCAUCCUUCCUCGAGGUGAAAUACCGAGCUGGUGGGUGUGGGGAUACUGGGUGUCACCGCUGACAUACGCUUUCAAUGCAAUUACUGUUAAUGAAAUGCUUGCUCCGCGGUGGAUGGAUAAAUUGGCCUCGGACAACAGGACAAGCCUUGGGGUGGCAGUUCUCGAGAGCUUUGAUGUCUUUCCUGACAAAAAUUGGUACUGGAUUGGUGCUGCAGCCCUUCUAGGCUUCACAGUGCUCUUCAAUGUGCUGUAUACUGUCUCACUAAUGUACCUUAGUCCUCUUGGAAAGCCACAAGCAAUAAUAUCCGAGGAAGCUGCUCAAGAGUUGGAGGCCGGACAUGAAGAACCUAAGACCCCAAGACGGUUGUCAAAAAAAGGUUCAAAAACCACGUCCUUGUCGGCGGCUGAUGGGAACAACAGCAGGGAGAUGGCGAUUCGGAGAAUGAGCAGCCAAGCAACUGGCAAUGACUCGGGUAGAAACGAGUCGUCUCUUGAAGCUGCUAACGGUGUUGCUCCAAAGAGAGGAAUGGUCCUCCCUUUCGCCCCUCUUGCUAUGUCCUUUGACGAAGUAAAUUACUACGUGGACAUGCCUGCUGAAAUGAAAGAGCAGGGGGUGCAGGAUGAAAAGCUCCAGCUACUUCGAGAAGUAACGGGUGCCUUUAGACCUGGUGUUCUAACUGCGCUCAUGGGAGUUAGUGGAGCAGGAAAGACUACAUUGAUGGAUGUUUUAGCAGGAAGAAAAACUGGAGGUUACAUCGAUGGUGAUAUCAGAAUAUCUGGGUUCCCGAAGAAGCAAGAAACAUUCGCAAGAAUUUCGGGGUACUGUGAACAGAAUGAUAUCCACUCGCCCCAAGUCACGGUGAAGGAAUCCUUAAUCUUCUCGGCCUACCUACGGCUGCCCAAGGAAGUCAGUAAGGAAGACAAAAUGAUUUUUGUCGAUGAAGUGAUGGAAUUGGUAGAGUUACAUAGCCUCAAGGAUGCCUUAGUUGGGCUUCCGGGAAUCACGGGUUUGUCUACUGAGCAGAGGAAGAGAUUAACUAUCGCUGUGGAGCUUGUUGCGAAUCCUUCAAUCAUAUUCAUGGAUGAGCCGACUUCCGGACUUGAUGCAAGAGCUGCAGCCAUUGUGAUGAGAACUGUGAGGAACACUGUUGAUACUGGAAGGACUGUUGUUUGCACCAUUCAUCAGCCUAGCAUCGAUAUCUUUGAAGCCUUUGAUGAGCUGCUACUGAUGAAAAGAGGAGGACAAGUGAUCUACUCAGGUCCACUGGGUCGGAAUUCUCACAAGAUCAUUGAGUACUUUGAGGCCAUUCCUGGAGUCCCAAAAAUUAAAGACAAGUAUAAUCCUGCCACAUGGAUGCUGGAAGUGAGUUCCAUGGCAGCCGAGGCUCGACUGGGAAUGGACUUCGCUGAGCACUACAGAUCCUCAUCUUUAUAUCAGCGAAACAAGGCUUUAGUUAAGGAGCUCAGUGCCCCACCACCAGGAGCAGAAGAUCUCUACUUCCCAACACAGUAUUCGCAGUCCUUGGGGGGGCAAUUCAAGUCAUGCAUCUGGAAGCAGUGGUGGACGUACUGGCGAAGCCCCGACUAUAACCUCGUGAGAUUCUUUUUCACCUUGGCAUCCGCUCUCUUGGUCGGGACAAUGUUCUGGAAGAUUGGCACAAGGAGGGAGAGUUCUACCGAUCUGACCAUGAUAAUAGGGGCCAUGUAUGCAGCGGUGUUAUUUGUCGGAAUCAAUAACUGCUCAACAGUACAACCAGUUGUAGCGGUUGAGAGGACAGUGUUUUACCGGGAAAGAGCGGCAGGAAUGUAUUCGUCACUUCCUUAUGCCCUUGCACAGGUUUUCUGUGAAAUCCCGUAUGUAUUUGUUCAAACCUCAUAUUACACAUUGAUAGUAUACGCCAUGGUCAGCUUCGAGUGGACAGUGGAGAAGUUCUUCUGGUUCUUCUUCGUCAGCUUCUUCUCUUUCCUGUACUUCACGUACUACGGGAUGAUGACUGUUUCCAUCACGCCAAACCAUCAAGUAGCUUCGAUAUUCGCCGCCGCUUUCUAUGCUUUGUUCAACCUCUUCUCUGGUUUCUUCAUCCCAAGACCGAAAAUUCCCAAGUGGUGGGUCUGGUACUACUGGAUUUGCCCCGUGGCAUGGACCGUCUAUGGCUUGAUUAUUUCGCAGUACGGUGAUGUAGAGGACCUCAUUACAGUGCCCGGGAUGUUGGAGAGGCCAAGCAUUAAAUGGUAUAUCGAAAACCAUUUCGGGUAUGAGCCAGGCUUCAUGGGUCCAGUUGCUGGAGUUCUGGUGGCUUUCACGGUCUUCUUCGCAUUCAUGUUUGCCUUCUGCAUCAAGGUGCUGAACUUCCAAAUGAGAUAGUUCUUCCACGAGACGUCUAGAGAGUGUCUGGAGCGAUCGCAAUUUGUAUAUAAGCAUAUACCUAUAUAUGUUUAUUUAUUUGUUUUAGCUAUAUAUCAUUGUUUAGGGAAGACUCUGCUGCUUCAAAUGACAGGCAAUGCCCGCCUAAUUAAGUACGCAAAUAUACUCUACCAAUAAAGGUUAUAUAAAAAUUCUACUAAUGGGAAAGAAUUUUGCUUUUGUAUUGUGACAAGUAAAGAGGGUUAUAUUA